AUGGAGUGCGCCCUCCUGCUCGCGUGCGCCCUCCCCGCCGCCCGCUCGGGCCCGCCGUGGGGGCCGGCGGGACGGGGGCGCGUGGCCAAGGCGCUCCAGCUCUGCUGCCUUUGCUGUGCGUCGGUCGCCGCAGCCUUAGCCAGUGACAGCCGAGGCGGCGGCGGCAGCGGAUUAAACCACGAUUACGUCUUUGUCACGCCGGUAGAAGUGGACUCGGGCGGGUCAUAUGUUUCACACGACAUUUUGCACAGCGGCAGGAAAAAGCGGUCGGCGCAGAGUGCCAGCAGCUCCCUGCAUUACCGAUUUUCAGCAUUUGGACAGGAACUACACUUAGAACUUAAGCCCUCGGCAAUCUUGAGCAGUCACUUUAUUGUCCAGGUACUUGGAAAAGAUGGUGCUUCAGAGACUCGGGAACCCGUGGUGCCAAGAUGUUUCUAUCAGGGAUUUAUCAGAAACGACAGCUUGUCCUCCGUCGCUGUGUCUACAUGUGCCGGCUUGUCAGGUCUCAUAAGGACACGAAGAAAUGAAUUCCUCAUCUCGCCAUUACCUCAGCUCCUGGCCCAGGAACACAACUACAGCUCCCCUGCAGGCCACCAUCCUCACGUGCUAUACAAAAGGACGGCGGAGGAGAAGGUCCAGCGUUGCCAUGGCUACCUGAGCUCCAGCGGGAACUCUGCUGGUCACCCCCCAAGUCGCACUCCCCACACAUCUUGGAGUCCAGAAAGAAAACAUCACCACGGAAGGUUGCAAAAGCAGCAUUUUUGUGGACGACGCAAGAAAUAUGCCCCUAAGCCUCCCACAGAGGAUACCUAUCUCAUGUUUGAUGAAUACGGGAGCGCAGGGCGGCCCAGAAGAUCAGCUGGAAAGUCACACAAAGGCCUAAACGUGGAAACCCUUGUGGUAGCAGAUAAGAAAAUGGUGGAAAAGCAUGGCAAGGCCAACGUCACCACGUACAUUCUCACGGUCAUGAACAUGGUUUCCAGCCUCUUUAAAGAUGGGACCAUUGGAAGUGAUAUAAACAUUGUUGUAGUCAGCCUCAUUCUUCUGGAACAAGAACCUGGAGGACUAUUGAUCAACCAUCAUGCAGACCAAUCUCUGAAUAGUUUUUGUCAGUGGCAGUCUGCCCUCAUUGGAAAGAAUGGGAAGAGGCAUGACCACGCCAUCUUACUCACGGGAUUUGAUAUCUGUUCCUGGAAGAACGAACCAUGUGACACUCUAGGGUUUGCCCCCAUCAGUGGGAUGUGCAGUAAGUACCGAAGUUGUACCAUCAAUGAGGACACGGGACUUGGCCUGGCCUUCACCAUCGCCCAUGAGUCAGGGCACAAUUUCGGCAUGGUUCACGAUGGGGAAGGCAACCCCUGCAGGAAAGCGGAAGGCAACAUCAUGUCUCCCACGCUGACCGGAAACAAUGGGGUGUUCUCAUGGUCCUCGUGCAGCCGGCAGUACCUGAAGAAAUUCCUCAGUACACCUCAGGCUGGGUGUCUGGUGGAUGAGCCCAAGCAAACAGGACAGUAUAAAUAUCCGGACCAACUACCAGGACAGAUUUAUGACGCUGACACACAAUGCAAGUGGCAAUUCGGAGCCAAAGCCAAGCUAUGCAGCCUUGGUUUUGUGAAGGACAUUUGCAAAUCGCUCUGGUGCCACCGAGCGGGCCACAGGUGUGAGACCAAGUUCAUGCCUGCCGCGGAAGGGACCGUUUGUGGCUUGAGUAUGUGGUGUCGGCAAGGCCAGUGUGUCAAGUUUGGGGAGCACGGGCCUCGGCCCAUCCACGGCCAGUGGUCCGCCUGGUCGAAGUGGUCAGAAUGUUCCCGAACGUGUGGUGGAGGCGUGAAGUAUCAGGAGAGACACUGCAAUAACCCCAAGCCUCAGUAUGGUGGCAAGUUCUGUCAUGGCUCUAGCCGUGUAUAUCAGCUGUGCAAUAUUAACCCUUGUAAUGAAAAUAGCUUGGAUUUUCGAGCCCAGCAGUGUGCAGAAUAUAACAGCAAACCUUUCCGUGGAUGGUUCUACCAGUGGAAACCCUAUACGAAAGUGGAAGAGGAAGAUCGAUGUAAGCUGUACUGCAAGGCUGAGAACUUUGAAUUCUUUUUUGCCAUGUCCAGCAAGGUGAAAGACGGAACUCCUUGCUCCCCACACAAAAAUGAUGUUUGCAUUGAUGGGAUUUGUGAACCAGUGGGAUGCGAUCAUGAACUUGGCUCUAAAGCAGUUUCAGAUGCCUGUGGUGUUUGCAAAGGUGACAAUUCAACUUGCAAGAUUUAUAAAGGCCUGUACCUCAACCAGCACAAAGCGAAUGAAUAUUAUCCGGUUGUCACCGUCCCACCGGGCGCCCGCAGCAUCGAGGUCCAGGAGCUUCAGAUAUCCUCCAGUUACCUCGCCGUCCGAAGCCUCAGUCACAAGUAUUACCUCACGGGGGGCUGGAGCAUCGACUGGCCAGGGGAGUUCGCCUUCGCGGGGACGGUGUUUGAGUACCAGCGCACCUUCAACCACCCAGAACGCCUGUCCGCGCUGGGACCCACCAAUGAGACCCUGGUCUUUGAAAUUCUGAUGCAAGGCAAAAAUCCGGGGAUAUCUUGGAAGUAUGCACUUCCCCAGGUCGUGAAUGGAACUCAGCCAGCCUCAGAAAGACACAGCCACACCUGGAGCACAGUGCAGUCAGAUUGCUCCUUCUCCUGUGGUGGAGGUUACAUAAGUGUCAAGGCCAUUUGCUUACGGGAUCAAAACACUCAAGUCAAUUCCUCAUUCUGCAAUGCGAGAGCCAAGCCAGCAACUGAACCCAAAAUGUGCAAUGCCUUCUCCUGCCCUGCCUACUGGAAGCCAGGUGAAUGGAGCGUGUGCAGCCGGUCAUGUGCGGGGGGCCAGCAGAGCCGGAAGGUCCAGUGUGUCCAGAAGAAGCCCUUCCAAAAGGAGGAAGCGGUGUUGCAUUCUCUCUGCCCAGUGAGCACACCCACUCAGGUUCAAGUCUGCAACAGCCAUGCCUGCCCUCCAGAAUGGAGCCCUGGGCCCUGGUCUCAGUGUUCUAAGACCUGUGGACGAGGGGUGAGGAGACGUGAAGUCCUGUGUAAAAGUUCUGCCACGGUAGAGGACGUCCCUGAGAGCUUGUGUGCCAGCAGCCCGAGACCAGAAUCGCAGGAGGGCUGCGUCCUAGGACGAUGUCCCAAGAACAGUCGGCUCCAGUGGGUCGUCUCUUCGUGGAGUGAGUGUUCCGCUAGCUGUGGUUUGGGGGUAAGGAAGAGGGAAAUGAAAUGCAGCGAGAAGGCCUUCCAGGGCAAGCUGGUAACCCUCCCUGAGCGACGGUGCCGCAAUAUUAAGAAACCAAACCUGGACUUGGAAGAAACCUGCAACCGAGGGGCGUGUCCAGCCCGUCCAGUGUACAGUAUGGCAGCUGGGUGGUAUUCGUCGCCAUGGCAACAGUGCACGGUGACCUGUGGAGGAGGGGUCCAGACUCGAUCAGUCCACUGUGUUCAGCAGGGCCAGCCUUCCUCAAGUUGUCUGCUCCGGCAGAAACCUCCGGUGCUACGAGCCUGUAAUACAAACUUCUGUCCAGCUCCUGAAAAGAGAGAGGAUCCAUCCUGUGUAGAUUUCUUCGGCUGGUGUCAUCUUGUGCCUCAGCAUGGUGUCUGCAACCACAAAUUUUAUGGCAAACAGUGCUGCAAGUCAUGCACAAGGAAGAGCUGAUCUUGACACCCUUCCAGCCUGGAAGGGCCAGGGUCUUACCUCCCAGCCUCCAGAGAGACCAGCCACAUUCCCAUCGAAAGCUGAACACUGCAAACCACGUGUGAGCUGACCGCAGUGUUGGAGGGGCCCGCUCUCAAGUACUGACAGGCUCCUUUUUCAGUUCCCCAAUGCACAUGGUACUCAGAAGCACUUGAAAAUGGGAAGCGAUGACAAAUCUGAUUUACAAAAACGUAAAACAGAAAGAGAACAGCUUUGAUUUGCACUGUUACACGCAAGAAGUGAUAACUUACAAUGAGAUAGAACAAAUUGUGACCAAGUGAGACUCUUGUUAACUUUGGGACAGACCCCCCCUGUGAACCUCAGAGGGUUCCAUGACCAAGACGUCAGUUGUGAAAAGGCCCUUUAAGACCUCAAGUCAAAGACUGAGACUUGGAGCAAUCAAAUGUGGACGGAACACACUGCCUAACUUCCUUGGAGCUCACAGUUUGACGCAACUGUGGACACCCCAGACCAGAAGUUAUACAAACGCCAGAUGGUGCUCGUGACUGUGCUUGCUGCUGGACUAGCAAGCUUCAUGUCCUGUUUAUUUGGGGGUGUGUGUGUGUGUGUGUGUGUG